AUGACACGAACCUUUAGCUUUGAGGAAGAAUGGAGAACGCUAUUACCCAGGAAGAGACAAGUAUAUGAAUCAAACCUGAUAAACAACGGCUUGCAACUUGAAGCAACACGAUCGGUUUUGGAUGAAAAAACUAUUUUUGUGAAAGUGCAUGCACCUUGGGAAGUGCUAUGCACAUAUGCUGAGGUCAUGCACAUCAAAUUGCCUCUGCAGCCCAAUGACCUGAAAACUCGGGAGUCAGCUUUCAACUGGUUCACUAGACUCUUCAGCGUGGAUGAAAAUAUUAUCAAACCCGAGCAAGAGUUUUUCACUGCUCCUUUUAAAAGGGAACAUUUAUCCAACUUUUAUAUUCAAGACAAAGACGCAUUUUUCAAUCCAGCAACAAGAAGCCGAAUUGUUCAUUUUAUCCUAUCCCGUGUGAAAUACGCGACCAAACAGAAUUUAAAGAAGUUUGGCAUUAACAAAUUACUGGACACUGGAAUCUACAAGGCAGCAUUUCCCCUUCAUGACUCUAGUUUUGGGCACCUGUCAACUGAUCCCAACUGCCCAAGUGAACGUUAUCUUCUCUACAGAGAAUGGGCUCACCCUAAAAACAUUUUGAAACUGCAACCCCUGGAUUUCAUCAGGAAAUACUACGGAGAGAAAAUUGGAAUCUAUUUUGCAUGGCUGGGCUUUUAUACUAAUAUGCUGGUCGUGGCUGCAGUUGUAGGAGUUGGCUGCUUUCUGUAUGGAUUCUUCAUGAAGGAUAGCUGCACAUGGAGCCAAGAAGUAUGUGAUCCCAACAUAGGAGGUAAUAUCAUAAUGUGCCCUCAGUGUGAUAAAGUAUGUACCUACUGGAACCUCACCAUCACUUGUGAAUCAUCCAAGAAACUCUGUAUAUUUGAUAGCUUUGGAACACUGGUGUUUGCAGUGUUUAUGGGAAUAUGGGUUACAUUGUUUUUGGAGUUUUGGAAGAGAAGGCAGGCUGAGCUGGAGUAUGAAUGGGACACAGUGGAGUACUUAGAACAAGAAGAACAAAUUCGCCCAGAAUAUGAAGCUCAGUGCACUCAUGUAGUAGUGAAUGAAAUCACACAGCAAGAAGAACAUGUGCCAUACACUGCCUGUGGGAAGUGCGUGCGUAUAACUUUAUGUACAAGUGCAGUCUUCUUCUGGAUUCUUUUGAUUAUUGCUUCAGUUAUUGGAAUCAUUGUCUACAGACUCUCUGUUUUCCUGGUGUUUUCUGCCACAUUGCCACGGAACAUUAAUGGCACACAAACAAUCCGCAAGUACCUGACUCCACAGACAGCCACCUCAGUAACUGCUUCAAUCAUCAGCUUUAUUAUCAUUAUGGUUCUGAACAUCGUUUAUGAAAAAGUAGCGAUCCUCAUUACUGACUUUGAGCUUCCAAGGACACAAACCGAAUACGAAAACAGUUUGACCACAAAGAUGUUCUUGUUCCAGUUUGUCAACUACUAUUCUUCAUGCUUCUACAUAGCUUUCUUCAAGGGUAAAUUUGUAGGUUACCCUGGAAAUCCAGUUUAUUGGCUAGGAAAGUAUCGCAAUGAAGAGUGUGAUCCAGGUGGAUGUCUCCUUGAACUCACAACUCAGCUUGCCAUCAUAGUAGGAGGGAAAGCAAUAUGGAAUAACAUUCAAGAAGUGCUUCUUCCUUGGGUUAAGAAUCUAAUUGGAAGAUACUGUGCAGAUGCUAGAUCAGAAAAGAUUGUUCCACGCUGGGAACAGGACUAUCAUCUGCAGCCCAUUGGAAAACUUGGAUUGUUUUAUGAGUAUCUUGAGAUGGUUAUACAGUUUGGCUUUGUCACCCUGUUUGUGGCAUCAUUCCCCCUGGCUCCUCUUCUGGCUCUUAUCAACAACAUGUUGGAAAUCAGGCUGGAUGCGUGGAAGCUGACAACCCAGUUCAGGCGCAUGGUUCCGCAGAAGGCACAAGACAUCGGUGCGUGGCAGCCCAUCAUGCAAGGCAUAGCCAUUCUGGCUGUGGUGACCAAUGCCAUGAUAAUUGCUUUUACAUCUGACAUGAUUCCUCGUCUGGUUUAUUACUGGUCCUUUUCAGUCCCUCCUUAUGGGAGCCACAGCAGUUAUACCAUGAAGGGGUACAUAAACAAUACACUCUCUGUCUUCAAUAUAUCAGACUUCAAGAAUGCAAGCAAGCCAUUUUCCUCCUGGUUUGAGAACCACACAACAUGCAGGUACCGUGACUUCCGCUACCCUCCUGGGCACCAGCAUCAGUAUGAGCAUAACAUAUACUACUGGCACGUCAUCGCAGCCAAGCUGGCUUUCAUCAUUGUCAUGGAGCAUGUCAUAUACUUUGUGAAGUUUAUUAUUUCCUACAUAAUCCCGGAUGUGUCACAAGAGACCAAGAGCAAGGUCAAACGAGAGAAGUACCUGACACAGAAAAUCUUGCAUGAGAACGACCUCAAAGUUGUGAAAAAAACCAUAGGGAAAAUCGCCGACAAAAUUAUCGAAGGAGUAGACAGCACUUUCCGGCCCAAAACUGAAUAAGGACUUUUUUUUUAUAUGGAGGAACAGUUUUUAACUAGCCAGUGCCUGCCCAGGCAUUACCAAUGGCUAAUCAAAUGCUUUGGAUGAAUUUGCCUUACUGAACAUGGUUUCUUGCAGCUGUCACCUGCUCUGUUGCCUGUUUCCCUUAGGCAAAAGCAACCACUGAGACUCAGUUUACAAUUACCCAUUUUUUAAACCAGCUUUAUUAGGACAUAUUUUAACAUGUGAAGGUAAAAAUUAUCGUCUUAAAACGAUGCAGACUAACUCUGAAAUAUACAGAGUGCUUUCCGCUUUAUUUAGGUAUAAGCUAGUAGGUCUGAACUUGAAUAAAACUUCAAUAACAAGAAUUACUUGUUGUAAGAACACCACCACUUUCUCUGAAGGAGCUUCGAUUACUUGGUGAUGCAAACCCCAACUAAAAGAAGAAAAAGCCAAAAUGGAGGAAAGAGAAGGAAAAUGCAACUUGCAACCAUAUUGUUAAGAUGUUGCAAUUGACUUACUGAGCACUGUUGUGUGCUUCGCUGACUUAGAAGUGCAUACUGAGACUUAAAUGGAUAACAAGAUAUUUCAAUUUAUCAUGGGCUUGGAUCACAAGAAACAGCGGGACUGUAAGCCCGUCCUGUUUGCCAGCCUCUGUGUAAACAGGAGAAUUGAAAUCCAUGCAUACAAACUGACUUCACUGCACUUAGAGCAAGUGGAAAACUCAGUUAUCUUUUCCCUCAUCAGUGUACCUUCAUUAGCUCACUUGGCCAUUCUGUUCUGAAUGAACACAGCUUUUAAGGUCUCUCAGCUGUAACAGUAAUGAGUGUUAAACUUCUUUUCAUAAAUUAAAUAAUUCUAGAGGGCUAUCUUUUGCCUAUACCAUAGCCAUUCUCUUCCCUGAUUUUAACACAGAAAGAAUGCGCAGCUGGACUUGUUCUGGUGCAACACUGACAAACUAAAUUUAGACAAGACCAUGAAUCUAUUGAAGCUGCAGAUCAGAAUAAACCACUGAAUAUGCAUUUACUGUGUUACAAAACUUUAAAUAAUCAGGAAGAUGUUACAAGUGUGGAUGAACUUGCCAGAGCCAUCAACCAUCUUCACAUUAUGCUGCGGAUAUGCUUGGCUGUUUUGGCCUCAGUUGCAGCCUAGGAGUUCAGGAAUUACAGGGUAAACGUGUAUGUAGAGCUCCUGCAACAAUGAUGUUCCUAAUUAUUAACUUGCUUUCUUUUUUAAUGAUUCUAGUACACCAAUCUCUAUGAAUUGUGAAAACCAAAAUCUUAAAAGAAAGGCAAAAAUAUGUCUGCAGUCUGUAAACCAGAUGAUUACUGCUGGGUUUGUACUCAUAAAUGUAAUUCAUUUGCACAAUACUUAGGCAGAUAUUCACAUAGCUUUUUACAUAUUAAGAAGUUCGUUUGCAGAAACAAAGUAGCAUUGGUAAGUUAUAUUUUAUCCCAUUAAUAAUCAGAAGGAGUUAAACAUCUGAAUUUUGUAGAAAAACUUCAAAAUACUGCUCAAAAUACCUCAAGCCCAUCUAUUAUAAUACCAGCAUAUGAACCAGAAGAGGCAACACAUGAAGGGAAUUAUUUCAGCAGAUGUGACACACAAGCUUUCACUAAGCACAACUUUGCAAAAUGAUUGCAUAGAAGAAUAUGGAAGACAAGCUUGGUUCAAAAAUCAAACAAAGGUUGGAAGAUGAAAGACAGAAACCCAGAGGUUCCAGAGGAGACUCACAUUUCUGACAACCAAGAACUGAAGUUUGCUUUAUAUACUGCCCAGGAAACCUGCUGCCAGGCGCUACCUGAAGAUGAAAAGAUGCAGGACAGAAAAACAAGAUCAUAACCAUCAACAACUACUGACCAGAGCCAUGAUAAAACUGGUGCUUCUUUCCACAGGAAAUUCUACUCUUUGACAUUUAUUUUUGUUGCCAGUCAAAAUCACAACAAGUCUUUAAAUUUACGAGGAAUCAAAUAUAAAUUUGGCAGAUAGAUAGGAUAGACAAACAGAAGUUUCUAAACAAGACAGGACUUCUUGUUGAAAUAUAUCAUCCCAAUAUUGAUAUAACCAUUUUCCAGAAUGACAGAAUGAUUAAGGUUGGAAGGGACUUCUGGGUCCAUCUGCCCCAGGUCCUGCUCAGCAGGGACACCCAGAGCAGGGUGCCCAGGCCCACAUCCCAGCGGCUGCUGAAGGUCUCCAAGGAGGGGACCUCACAACCUCUGGGCAGCCUGUGCCAGUUCUCCAUCACCCUCACAAAUACAAAAAGAUUUUUUCUUAUAUUCAGAUGGAAUUUCUUGUGUUUCAGUUAGUGCUUGUUGCCUGGCUGUCACAGGGUGCUAUCCCAAGCUUUUCUUUAUAACAGAAUUUUGUCCAGAAGACCAUUUCAUGGAAUACCUUUGGUGAAGUACUCAGCUCCAUGCAAGCUCAGAGCUUCUGAUUUUAGCUUCAAGUUGUUGGCAUUUCCCCAUAUAUGAACUAGUAUUUUCCUAUCUGCAGCAGUGUUCAGCUGGGAAGUGCCAUUUCCAUCUCCCUGUAGGGGAUCACGGUGCCAAAGUGCCUUAAACACCCUCUCAGGUGCCGUGUUGGAGGGCUGGUGCUAGCAAAUAGGUAUCCUGCGACAAAGGCAAAAAAUAAAUAUCACGAAAUGGGCCAUCUCAGUUAAUUGUUUGGUCUUAAGGAAAUUUUGAUUGCCCUCUUUGACAAGUAAAGAGACAGGGAAACAAAGGAACUAAAUGCCUUGCCUGAGGAUACACUGUGAACAGUAGCAGAGUUUAAGACAGAUUUUCGGGAGUGCCUGGUAUUCUGACCCUUUUUUUCUUCCUAUGCCUCCCAGUUGCCCCUUAUAACAAGCACUGUCUGAAGGGGAGAUGGCCCUGAAGGUCAUUAUUUAAAAAACAAAAAAAAAAGUAAAAACAUGCUACAGCAGCAAAGUCUAUUUAUCUAUGACUUAGUCUCCUCCUGUAGUAGACUCCUAACCACCUAAAAUCAUAGAAUAUCCUGAGUUGGAAGGGACUCAUCAAGUCCAUCGCCUGGCUCCACAUAGGACCACCCAAAAUUCAAACCCUACAUCUGAGAGUAUGGUUCAAACACCUCUUGAACUCUGUCGGACUUGAUGCCACGACCUGGGGAAUGCUGGGUGAGUUUCUACAUUACCAUUUUGUUCAGAUCAGCAGUGUGCUUGAAACUAGUCUUCCACCUGUCCCCCCACUUUCUGGGUGGUGGCUCACAUCUGGUCUCAGAGCUCAUGAACUGGAUUUUUAUUGUCUUGAGCCAAACCAGGUGAUAGAUCUGAGGUAUGCCCAUGAUGGUAUACUUGUCUCCGGCAAACAUUUUAGUCCACAGUUCUAAAAGCAGAGCUAAUCUGCAGAGAGCAGUGAGCACUGGUGGGCAUCAGCUUCUCAGCAUCAACAUUUUGCUCAGUUAUUGCUUCCCAAGGGCCAUGCUACUUGCUAGUGUAGCCACAACAUCUAAUAUCAGAAAACACUGCAUCAGAAAUUCAGUUCAUUUUGCUAUAUGCAUGGUGCUUCUGACAGCACAAAGUGCCUAAACCUCUUAAGCUGUGCCAUGUAAAUAAGCCUCUACCUCCAACUGCUGAAACCUCCAACAGUGAGCUCUGCAGCGGCAUAGGAACAAAGUGCAUGUGGGGUGGGGGCAACUGCCGACAUACCAGUGUUUUUUUCAGGAUUACGUCACUUAAAUAAUGUUUAAAGAUCUGCUUGAAGGAAAAAUUAAUGUUCAUUUUAAACUCUAGAUCAGUUUUACUAUUUUUACAUUUUGUACAGGUCUGUAGAAGUCAGGAUGAAUUUGAAUCAGUCACCAUUUCAUUACCUAACAGUAAGAUAUGAGCAACAUAAAUUGCAGGCUGUUGCCACUGUUUUACUCUGUGUAUGCUGAUAAAAUUCAGAAUGGAAGAAUGUAUUUUUUUGUAUUUUUUCUAAGAAUGUUUGCUGUUAGAUUCUGAACAUUGCAAUUUAUAUUUAUUGUCAUUAAAUAAAGUCUAUUUUAAAAUAA